AUGACCGAUUACGGAGAAGGCAUUGACGACCACGCCGGCAUCGACCCAGCCAGCAGUCACACAGGGCAGUCUGGCUACUGGACAUCGCUGGGAGAGCCACCCAUGUUUUCGGGGAAGGCGACUGACGACGUUGAUGACUGGCUGAGGCACUACAAAAUGAACGGCGAAGAGAAGCUGGGUGAGGCAGGGGGCGUCGAGGAGAAUGCGAACGACUCUGCCGUGCAGGUUCCGAGGCCUCAGCACGGUGGUAAGGCUAUGUGGUUUCUUCCGGCGGCGGGCGACUACCUGGUGAGCGAUGACAACAUCCAGCAGUGCGACUGCAACUAUAGUGGCAUCUACGACCCCGACUUCCACGAAUACUACGACUACGACUACAACGACUACUACGACUACUACGACUACUACGACCACGACUACUACGACAACUACGACCACCACUACACCGCCAUCAACAUUACCACGCAGCUUAGUGAAUUUGUCACAGAUAUUGGGAAAUCAGGCUCUCUGAAAUGGGCACAGGAGAAACUGUGGUCAAACAACGUGUACCACUGGGGCGUCAUGAAUAUCUAUCAUGUUCUCCUGGUCCAAGACCCAGAUAUUGUGGAAAAAUCGCUCGAGGCCUUGAAGGAAGCGGCACAGUUCUCACAACCCUCCCCCGUAAAAAGGGUUGCAUCGUACACCUUUCUCGGAGUAUUUGGUCACUCAUUUGUGAACGCCUGUGAAACUAUCGGCCUCUACUCGAAGUCUCUCUUCUCUCCGGAUAUGAUUGUCGUGCUUGGCCAUCUUUCAUUCCAAGAGAACAAAUUCAAGGGAUUCUCCUACUAUUGUUUUAUGUUGGCGCCCAAUCAGAUUGCUUUGGCACAGUGGAUUGCAUAUGGCAAAGAGGCGAAGCUGCGCAUGGCGAGCCUGCCCGACCGCCAACAUCUGACUGGAACCGGUCGUCUGCUUCCAGAGUUGCACACCUUCGAGCUAUGUCACCAUCACUAG